AUGUACCAAUGGGCCUUUGAAGGCAGAGAGAAGGAGCUAGGACCAGACCAUAAGUCAACGCUUCACACGCUCGGUUGUCUCGGUGGUCUCUAUAUGGAACAGGGUCGACUGUGUGAUGCUGAGGUGAUGUUGGCGCGGACGCUCGAAGGCUUCGAGGAGGCACUGGGAUCAGACUAUACCUCAACGGUUAAACGUCUCGCCAUUGUCUACGCGGAUCAAGAUCGACCAGAAGAUGCUGAGGCACUAUACGAACGAGCGCUAGAAACCAUGGAAAAGGCGCUGGGACCAGACGAUAAUGGAACGCUUCUGGUAGUCAGCAAUCUUGGUCAGUUCUAUCGGGACCAGGGCCGGCUACAGGAAGCUGAGGCGAUGUUGACACGGGCACUGGAAGGCUUCAAGGAGGCACUGGGAUCAGACUAUACCUCAACGGUUGAACGUCUCGCCAUUGUCUACGCGGAUCAAGAUCGACCAGAAGAUGCUGAGGCACUAUACGAACGAGCGCUAGAAACCAUGGAAAAGGCGCUGGGACCAGACGAUAAUGGAACGCUUCUGGUAGUCAGCAAUCUUGGUCAGUUCUAUCGGGACCAGGGCCGGCUACAGGAAGCUGAGUUGGCAAUCUCGGUAACAUUUGUUGGGCCCAAGACGACUUACUGGGUGCUGAGGUAA